AUGGGGGUGACCCACUCCAUGGAAGAGCAGCAGGUCAAGCGCAUCAGCAAAGCUCUGAAUGCGAGUGCCACAGCCAUCCAGGGCAUCAACAAAAAGUUCGAAGACAUCGACGUGCACGUGCAGCGCAUGCUGGAGUUUAACAACACCACGAACCAGAAGAUGGAUGCGGCCUUCAGAUCCUUUGAGCGCCUGGAUGACACUUUCAACGACCGUGCCGAGAUGUUUUUGGAGGCUCUCGUAGGGGCUACCAAUUCUGCCACCGAUUGCUUGGAGGCAGCAGUUCUCGCCCUUCAGAAGGUGAACAUUCGUCAGGAAAUCGACAACAUUCCCAAGGCGCUCAUUCCGUUGGCCAUCCCCUUCAUCAUUUUGCUGAUUGAGCUGGCGGUGUCCAAUGCCUCCUGCCGGCAUUGCGGAUGUAGGGCAUAUGAAGUUUGUGGUGUAGGGUCUCAUGACUGA